AACCACUUCAAGUCCGACACUUUCACCCCCUUCCAGUCCAGACCAAUUUUCAGCUUUCAGUGCUAUCACACUUUGAAUGACAAUAGCGGGGUCAUGCAACACUGUACCCAUAUGAAAUUUUUAGCAUUUGCUAUAUAAAUGAAAAGUCCAGAAAUUUUUUUAAAAAAAGUGUUUUUCUUAUAUAAUUUUGCAAAUAAAUAAUCUUUCUUCAUAAAUCUUGGCCAAAAUGUAUUCAGCAUCUUUUUACAAAAAUUAUAAUUUUUCAAACUUUUUUUUACAUUUUGUAUUUUUUGUUAUUAUUAUUUAUAAUUAUUUAUAUUAUUAUUUA